AUGGGCUACAUGUCAGCGAUGUAUAUUACAACAAACCGGCAGGAAGUCACGUUCGUUCAGUGUAACGGUCGUCUCUCGCUUGGUGUUUGGCGCCUUCUCUUCUCUCUCUCUCUCUCUCUCUCUCUCUCUCUCUCUCUCUCUUUCGCUCUGGUCUAUCACAUCUCUCUCAGUAUAGCCAUCGAGCUAUCCCUUCAACACUUAAAGUUUCACAUCUCUCUCGAUUUUCUUUUUUUUUCAGAAAGCCCUCCCCUACAUUCCAUGAUGAAUCGUUUUACCAUCUACUUGCUGUUUUUCAGUCUUCUCACUGUUUACAUCUCUACAACAAAAGCUGCAGGUCCCUGUAAUUUCAUUGGCGUUUCUGAAUGCUGGAAUGAAAUUUUAUCCAAAUAUUGUGUGAAUGGCAUUUGUGAGGAGAAGCCAGAUUAUUGCAAGGAUAAAGAACUUUUAGAAGAAUGCUUCCAAGUCAACUGUGACAUUUCUGAAAAUCGAGACCUUGCUUGGGUAACAUUAUUUACAGGAGUUUGCGCCCAACCUGUAAUGGAGUCUUUAUCAGAAGACUGA